AUGGGAACAAAACCACUGAAAACAGUAGGAGCUUUUGUAGCGGACAUCUGUGUAGAGGACCGUCAAAUAGCAGCAGAGUUUGUUGUGACUGAAGGUCAAGGUCAGCCAUUGCUGGGUAAAGAUUCAGCAGAACAACUUGGUGUUUUAAGGUUAGGACAUGAAGUAAACACUGUGCAAACACAAUCAGACAGCAACAUAGUGGAGGAAUUUAGAGACUGUUUCACAGGAUUUGGGAAGCUAAGAGAUUUUCAGCUGAGAAUUCACAUUGAUCAAACCGUCCGACCUGUAGCACAGGAAGUAAGACGUGUACCCUUCCAUCUAAGAGACAAUCUCGAAAACAAACUAAAUGUGCUAGAAAAACUGGACAUCAUUGAGCGAGUAGAGGGGCCAACACCCUGGGUAUCCCCAGUUGUAGUAAUACCAAAGAAAAAUGGAGAUAUCCGACUUUGUGUCGACAUGAGACAGGCUAACACUGCAGUAUUACGUGAGAGACACCCUAUACCUACUGUAGACGAACAACUAGAGGACCGUAAGAAGCCCUGCUCCAGUGCUGAUUCCCACAGAAGAGAUGAAGACAAAAAAUCAGAAGCUAACAUGAGCGACACCAAGUCCCCUCAGGAGCUGGCAGAACAGUUUGAGAGAGAGUUGUGUUGGUGUAUAGAACAGUUAGAGUUAGGACUGUCAACAAAAGCACCUGAUUCCAGACAGGCUCGUGAAGCUGUAAAGGUUUUGAGGGUUUUGAGAAAUCCGAAGACAUUGUUGGUGAAGAAACGGCAGGUGAUGAGAGUAACCUUUGGAGAUUACAGGAAAAAGAUCGAGGCGGAGGAGAAGAAGCUAGCAGCAAAAGCCAGUAAGAUAUCCUUAACAACUGAGAAAUCCAGCAACCAAUCAAAAGUGUAUAGGCUCUGUCAAAACAAGCAACCGUCUAAGGUGGAUACAAAUCAGAAGGUAGAUGUGACAACAGAAGACAGACAUGCACAGGUGACGAAUAGAGCUCCUGGGCUUCACGCGAACGGAGAACUAAUUAAAGAUCAGAAACCUUUGCAUUUUCCAUGUAAGAAUGAGAGUGGAUUGGCUAAAAAUCAGCAAGUAGACGAUUUCAAUACAGCAGGGACACCUGUGCAGCCUACAGACCCCUGGGUCACUGGUACAUUGGGAGGAGGUAACAUGUCAACUCACUGUGAGAGGCCAGAGCUAAUCAACACCCAGGACCAGGUGUUCGGUUCUCAAGAGAGUGCGUCCUCGGUUGAAGGUGAUAAUGACCCCCACCCAAUAACACACCAACCAAAAGACACGGCGAGUGACAAGACAUUUAAAUAUGUAAAAAGUGAUAAUAGUUUCAGAUUUUCGUUUGUCAGCAGCUGAUGUCAGCAUUUGCGCGUCUUCCAAAAAAAAAAAAAUUAAUAAACAAAACACUUUUAUGUACAUGUAUGUAUUACUUUUCAAUUUCCUUUUGUGACUUAUUCAUUCUUUUGUGACUUAUUCAUUCUUUUGUUACUUAUUCAUUCAUUCUUUUGUUACUUAUUCAUUCUUUUGUUACUUAUCACUCUGUUAUCUAUCAUCACUGUGAUACAUUUAUCAUAUUGGUUCAGAAUUAUUCUUACUAAUCUUACCU